AUGAACUCAAUUGGGUUCCUUUGCUACUUACUUCUACUUGCCCAUCUUCAACAUCGGGCGUCUGCGGGUUAUGGAUUGGAGAAAGAGCUCGGAAAGAUUGCAAUCAAGGGUGAUUCGAGCGAGCCUCGUCAUGUUCAUCUUAUAGAUAAGAGCUUCGACUCCAAGGAGUCAUCCAGUCAACUUGAAGGCAUCAUUCCAAAGCUCCGACGGGCAAUCAAAAAUCCAAUGGCCUACAAUACGAGAAAACUUGAACUACUUGAACCGUUACUGGACAAAGAACUAGAAGCGUCACUGGAGACCCGGUACUGGCUGGCCGUUAUUUACAAUCCAAUCCACACCCGAUCGUUCCUGACCGGUACGUUUGGUGAUGUUUGUGAUAUCCAAAAACGCCCAGAUCGAGCUAGGAGUGAUUAUAUUUCGGAUAAGCUUUCGGAUGUGGUCUGGCAGAUGUUUCGGCUGAGAGGAAAAGACGAUGACGAACUGGGCAAGAUUGCAACUUGUGCCAAAGCAAUUGCCCAGGUUAUUCACGCCAAGGAGCACGACGCGAAUCUGAUAUCAAAAUUGGAAAGAACGAGCCGAGAAUACGUGCGGGAGUUGUGGAAAAGUGGUGUAUACUAUAAAGAUCCUCAAAACGAUGUCGUCCAUGGCCUCUUGAAAGUUUUAUUAACAUUGUGCUUUCAAGUCUAA